UUAUUCGCUGCUAUGCUUUAAACACCAAGUCCUCUUUCUGUCUUGUAGCUUGUAUCUCAUCUCCUGAUCUUCUCUUUCAGCUCUGCUUAACAUCAUGGGAAACUUUGCUGCAAAUGAAGGACUAUCCGUUUUUGUUAUCCUGGUAUGGCUCGGGAUCAAUGUGUUUCUCUUUGUGUAUUAUUACCUGGCCUUUUUGAUUGAUAAAUACUACUAUACUAGAGUCAUUCUUGGGCAUGCUCUCUCGUGGGCCAGAGCUCCAGCUGCAUGUCUCAACUUUAACUGCCUGUUGAUCCUGCUGCCGGUCUGCAGAAACCUGCUCUCAUUCCUCCGAGGAUCCAUACAGUGCUGCAGCCGCACUGCAGCUCGACAGCUUGACAGAAACAUUACUUUCCACAAAUUGGUGGCCUACAUGAUUGCCUUCCACACAGCUGUCCACAUCAUAGCCCACCUGUUUAACUUUGAGAGAUUCAUGGACUCACAGCUGAUGAUCAACAGCAGUCACCUGCCGUAUGUGCUCUCUCAGAUUGGCAACAAUGACAACAGAUCCUACCUGAACCCCAUCAGGAGCAAUGAUACGAACCCAACCAUAGUGAUGUUCACGACAGUAGCAGGACUGACAGGGGUUGUGAUCACCCUCGCCCUCAUCCUCAUCAUCACCUCCUCCAUGGAGGUCAUCCGGAGGUCUUACUUUGAGGUCUUCUGGUUCACGCAUCACUUGUUCAUCGUCUUUUUCAUUGGAUUGGUGCUUCAUGGAAUCGGGCGUAUUGUUCGAGGCCAGACUGAUGCAGAUCUACAGGCUCAUGACCCAACUAUAUGUCACAGCAAGUUUGAGAACUGGGGCCAAAAUGGCACCUACUGCCCAGUACCCAUCUUUGCAGGAAACCGACCAAAGACAUGGAAGUGGGUGGUUGGCCCCAUGUUCCUGUAUGUCUGUGAAAGACUGGUGCGUUUCUACCGCUCGCAGCAAAAAGUGGUCAUCACUAAGGUUGUAACGCACCCUUCCAAAACCCUUGAGCUGCAGAUGAAGAAGAAGGGCUUUAAGAUGGAGGUGGGCCAGUAUAUUUUCAUGCAGUGCCCGUCAAUCUCUCAAUUAGAGUGGCAUCCUUUCACCCUCACCUCUGCCCCGGAGGAAGACCACUUCAGUGUGCACAUCCGAAUUGUAGGGGACUGGACGCAAGCACUUUAUUCGGCCUGUGGAGGUGAUAAAACUGCAGUGCUGGAUGCUUGGACACUACCAAAGAUGGCAGUGGACGGCCCGUUUGGGACAGCCAGUGAAGAUGUCUUUCGUUAUGAAGCGGUGAUGCUGGUUGGUGCUGGUAUUGGUGUGACGCCAUUUGCUUCUGUUCUAAAGUCUGUCUGGUAUAAACACGUCCAGGAGAACCAAAACGUCUUUACUAAAAAGAUCUAUUUCUAUUGGCUGUGUCCGGAGACUCAGGCUUUCGAAUGGUUUGCUGACCUGCUGAAGAGUUUGGAAAAACAAAUGUCUGACAAAAACAUGAGUGAUUUCCUCAGCUACAACAUCUAUCUUACACGCUGGAAAGACGCUGAGGCGGCUCAUCUCAGAGUUCAAUAUGAAGCAGAGGACGAUCCUAUCACUGGGCUUAAGGAGAAGACUCGCUAUGGUAAACCUAACUGGGACAAUGAGUUCAGUCUCAUUGCAUCCCAACACCCAGGUACAAAAGUAGGUGUAUUUCUGUGUGGUCCUACUGCACUGGGAAAAGCUCUGAGCAAGCAGUGCCUUUCACACACUGAAGGCGGAACUGAGUUUAUAUUCAACAAAGAAAACUUCUAAUGUGCUGCAAGAAACAUCCACUGCUUGGAAAAAUCAUGUGUGUGACAGUAUGUGGUGAACACAGUUUAAUUUGUUGGUUUGUUCUCUAAGAGCUAUAUCUAUGCAGCGCUGGAUAUAAAACUGAUUACAUGUUGUCUGGAUGGGGCCUGGGCCGGUACGAGAUUCUGACAGUAUGAUAUCCUUGAAUAAAAAUAUCACGGUUUCAUGGUAUUUAGAUUACAGCUAAUAAAAUACGUUUCAAUUAAAUGUCUGGGGAAAAAACAACAACUUUUUCCCCAAUUGAACCCGAUAUGUUUUAUUUUAAGAAACAUGUCAAAUAUUUUGGAACAGUAAACAUGUCUGGCUAAAUAGUUCAAAUAAAUCAAUUUCAGCUGUCUUCGUUAGAUUCAAUAACACAUAUUAAUUAUAACUUGAAAAGACAACUUCGGAUAUCUUUCUUUUCAUAUACAGUAAAAUAAAAAUGUAAAAAAAAAAAACUUACAUAUACCAUAGAAGCGGUAAAAGAGAAAUUUUUGCUAUUUUAAAACCUUUCAUUUUUCAAACUGCUGUAAACCGCUGUAAACCUUGAAACCGGUUUUCAUUGCAUGCCUAGUCUGGAUUAUGCAAUCAGAUUUCAAAUAUGAAGUACUUAUAAUUUAAAUCAUAGUAAUCAGAUUACAUUCACUUUUUAUGGAUUACAUGAUCAAAUAAUUUAACAGGGUAUACAUGCAGGAAUCCUAAAGGUAAUUUCAAUCACUUUUUAAGACUUUGUAAAGACCUUCUCUGAAUAUUUUAAGACCUCAUCGCCACUUCAAGUUCUAAUCAGUAUCAAACCGUUAACUUAAUAAACAGUUGUAGCUAAAUAAAUCAAUGGAGCACAACCAUGCAACAGAACUCAGAUAAGCUCGGAGGAAACAAAGCUUGAAAGAAUAAAUUACGCGGUUGUUUUCAGCGACAGGUUUCAGCCACUGUUUAAACUCGUCUUUCUCCAACCAGGAGUACACAAAAUUUCAUUUUCCCAUUUUGCUGUCUGUUUCACUCCAUGGUUUUGCUACAUGCAGAGCGCGUCACAUCAACUUCCCACGUUUGGGACCAGGGGCUGCCAAGCUGGAGCACAUACUCUGGUCCCCCGAGCUCUGCGAUUGGUUGGGGAAAUUCAAAAUUGAAUCAAAACAAACCAUUACAAUUGGCUUAAGAUUGGCAAUGAAAAUUCAGAAAUUGCAACCAUCAGAAUCUGGGAAGUUAAAAAAAAAACUUCCCACGUUUGUUGACAGGGAUGGAUGAGCUUGGCCAGACGUGCCCGGCCCAAACCAAUCACGUGGAUCAAGGAAAAUAAAUAUAUUUGUGCUUUUUUGGAGGGAAACACUUUGGACAACGCUUGAACAAAAUUUAAGACCUCGUAAAAACCCGAUUAAGACUUUAAUACCUUUUAAGGGCCUUAAUUUUUUCAUAAUUGAUUUAUCAACUUUCAAUACUUUUUAAGACCCUCGCGGAUACCCUGUUUAAAUAGUUUGCCCCCAAUUCAAACCUAGAAGAUCUUGGCGGUGGGAUGUCAUUGCUGUUUUAACAAAUAUUAAUAUUUCUGUCAUUUAGGGACUUACAAACUUUACUCAAUAUAUUUAAACUACUCAUGCUUGUUUAAACUACUCAUGAGCUGAAUUAACACAAUUCAUAUUUGGGGGG